AUGUUAAAACUUGAUGAUACUGAAAAACUGAUUGAAAGUGGUUCUGAAGGCAUGGACGAUUCUAAAAUUCGCUAUUUCUGUAAGGCGGAUAAGCUAUUUGAUGUAUUGGAGGCAGCACAUCUCAACGUGGGACAUAAAAGAAAAAGAGAUGUUUUCGGCACAAGAUUGAUAUCGCGAAGUAUAGUUAGACAUGUUAGGUAUGUAGUAAAGUGUCAAUUGAAGAAAAAGAUACCAAAACAUGGAUUAGUUGUACAACUUAUUUUAUCUGACUACAUGAACUCUCGAUGUCAAGUGGACUUGAUUGACAUGCAGUCAGAGUCAGAUAAAGAUUAUCGAUUCAUUAUGAAUUAUCAAGAUCAUUUAACCAAAUUCACAAUUCUUCGUCCUCUUAAGACGAAGACUGCCGAGGAAGUGGCCUACCAAUUCAUAGACAUAUUUUGUUUAUUCGGUGCCCCAUGUAUACUUCAAAGCGACAAUGGUCGUGAAUUCAUAAAUAAAAUAAUUAAAAGUUUGGCCGAUAUGUGGCCUGGAAUGAAGCUUGUUAAUGGUAAAUCGCGACAUUUUCAGAGUCAGGGUUCGGUUGAAAGGUCGAACCAAGAUAUUCGUGACAUGCUGGUAGCGUGGAUGGCUGACAAUAAUACGGAAAAAUGGUCUGAAGGACUCCGAUUUAUUCAAAGUAAGAAGAAUCGAGCUCUCCAUUCGGUAAUUAAGACAAGUCCUUAUGAGUCCUUAUGA